GCAACUUCCCUGAGAAAUUGUUGUUAAACUUGGCAACUUGACGCAGUCUUCAGUGUGUGACUUGUGACACUCCUCUCAGCAUGGAAAACACACCUCAGUACAAACUUUUCAUCUAGACUCACAUCGGAUUAUGGAUUCUUCUACAAACAGUCUGGAUGAUGUUUCCGCAGACAGCAGCGCUGAGUUCCCAGACCGAGCGUCCCUGAUGGAGGUGCGUCUUCAGGCUCAGGAGGACGAGAUCACGCUGCUGAAGUCUUCAUUGGCCGAUGCUCUGCGAAGGAUCCGCCUCCACGAUCAGCUCCUCCCAUUACUGAAACAGCAGCUCAUUGCAGUGAACCCAGGUGCUGCUCGAGUGCUGAACCAAGUAUGCUGCUCAGACGGAUGUACCAGCAACAGAAAACUGUCCUCCAGCUCAGCCUUCGACGGAGUCCGCCAAUCCACAACCAGCUACUUGUCCAACAGCAUUGUGAACAAUGCAAACGGCCACAUAGGAAGCCCAGUGUCAGUGGAGCCCAGUCCCAGACCAGAAACACUGGACACGGCGACCCAGACAGAGCUGACCAUGUCCGGGCGUGACGCUGCCCAGGACAGGGCCACUCUGGCCGUGACCAGCCGAGUCCAGAGCCUGCAGCUGGAAGACGCCCUCCUACCGGGGCAGCCUGUAGAGACGACCCGGGCCAAGCUCCACCGCAUCCCAGGAAUGGAAGAGGAAGAUGAGGAGCAGGAGGAAGAUGAAGGGGAGCACGAGAAGGAGCUGAGCUGGACGUCGUCAGUGGAGGAGCCCAUUCAGCCGACCACCAUCAGGAGCCUGCAGAGGGAGGACUUCCAGGAUGGGAGCUGCUCUCCAGAAGAACCAAGUCCUGCCUCGGCCUCGGUUCGAAACUCAGACCAGAACCUCAGCGCCCGUUCUGUAACCCUGUCCACCAUCCAGGAGGGAGAGAAGAAAGAGCUAGUUCGGAGGAACAGCGAGAAGUUGGCGAACCCAGACAAGCAGAGGAAACGUCUGGACAAGAAGGCGGCGUCCUCUGCCAACCUCCUUACGCGCUCCCCGAGCCUGGAGAAUCGGGCAAAGGAUCUCAUCCCCAGUACAGGAUCUGGAUCCAGAAGAGGAACGUACGGCCAAGGACACUCAAUUAAAAUGUUCAUCCGAGGCCGGCCCAUUACCAUGUACAUCCCCUCAAACAUCCAGAACUAUGAAGACCUGAAGAUGGAGCCACCCUCUGAGAGACUGGAGCUGGACUGGGUCUAUGGUUACCGUGGACGGGACUGCCGAGCGAACCUGUACUUCCUCCCCACAGGCGAGGCGGUGUACUUCAUCGCCUGCGUGGUUGUGCUUUAUCACAUCAACAACCGAACACAACGGCACUAUCGCAAACACACAGACUGUGUCCGCUGUCUUACUAUCCAUCCUGACAAGGUACGAAUAGCAUCUGGCCAGACAGCAGGGGUGGACAAAGACAAGCCCCUGUUGCCCUGUGUUCAUAUCUGGGACUCCACCACACUGGUCACUCUGCAGCAGAUCGGUUUGGGAACCUUCCAGAGGGGAGUGGGAUCAGUGGCAUUUUCCAUCUCUGACUCUGGGACGUUCCUGUGUGUGAUCGACGACUCUAAUGAACACAUGCUGUCGGUGUGGGACUGCAACAAGGGCACCAAGCACGCAGAAGUAAAGACGACAAACGAGGCUGUGUUCUCCGUAGACUUCAACCCCAGCGACAGCGCUAACAUCAUCACCUGCGGUAAAUCACACGUCUACUUCUGGACGCUCAGCACCGGACAGUUCACCAAGAAGCAAGGCAUCUUUGGAAAAUAUAAGAAGCCAAAGUUCAUCCAGUGCUUCGUGUUCAGUCUGACUGGAGAUGUUCUGACCGGAGACUCUGAAGGAAACAUCCUCACGUGGGGAAAAUCAGCAGCAGACGUCAAAACUCUUGGUAAAGGAGCCAAAGAGACUUUCCAGAUCAUGCGUCAGACUAGAGCCCAUGAAGGCAGUGUGUUCACGCUGUGCAACCUGCAGGGCGGCGCUCUGCUCAGCGGAGGAGGCAAAGACCGUAAGAUCAUCCGCUGGAGCGCCGACCUGGCACCUGAGAGAGAGUGUGAGAUUCCAGAAAAGUAUGGGGCUGUUCGAACCCUUGCAGAUGUCGACGGGGAGGAGCUUCUAGUUGGCACAACUCGAAAUGCUAUCCUCAGAGGGACCUUCUCAGAUGGAUUUGUGGCCAUAGUACAAGGACAUGUGGAUGAGAUGUGGGGCUUGGCUACACACCCGUCUCAGAAUGUGUUCUUCACCUGUGGAAACGACAAACAGGUGUUUUUGUGGAACGCAGAAGAGCACAAGAUGGACUGGUGCACCACACUGGAGGAGUAUGGGUUGUGUGCUGAUUUCAGCCCCGUUGGGUCAGUGGUGUCUGUCGGCCUGAGCACAGGAAGGUGGCUGGUCCUUGACCUGUUCACCAGAGAGGUCAUCUCUGAGUCCACAGAUGGCAACGAGCAGCUGUCUGUCAUGAGAUACUCCCCAGAUGGCAGCUUUUUAGCUGUUGGAUCUCAUGACAACUUUAUCUAUAUCUACAGUGUGACAGAAAGUGGGCGACGCUACACCCGCUUUGGGAGAUGUAACGGCCACUCCAGCUUCAUAACUCAUCUGGAUUGGUCCAAAGAUGGGAAGUACAUCAUGUCUAAUUCAGGCGACUAUGAGAUCCUUUACUGGGACAUCGCAGGAGGAUGCAAACUAUUGAGGAAUCGCUUCGAGAGCAAAGACAGAGAAUGGGCUUCAUAUACCUGCGUCCUGGGCUUCCACGUCAUGGGUGUGUGGUUGGAGGGCUCAGACGGAACAGACAUCAACGCUCUGUGUCGUUCCCACAGCGAGCGGGUGGUGGCCGUGGCCGAUGACUUCUGUAAAGUCCACCUGUUCCAGUACCCCUGUCCUAAACUGAAGGCACCGAGCCACAGAUACGAGGGCCACGGCAGCCACGUCACCAACGUCUGCUUCACCCACAGUGACUCUCACCUCCUCUCGAUGGGCGGCAAGGACACCUGCAUCCUUCAGUGGAAGGUUAUGGGAGGAGGAGGAGGAGGAGGAGGAGGGGUGGGCGACAGCAGGGAGCGGCUGGCCUCGGCUUCAGCUUCGGCUUCAGCUUCAGCCUCUUCCACCUCCACCAGCUCUCCAGAACCCGCCACCACAUAAGAGCCCAGCGUGUUAUUAAGAGUGAACGUUUCCACACAGCUGCUUGAGGCGUGUGAAUCGGCGGACGGUGACCCUUAGGCGACGGCUUAGCGUGCCCUUCGCGGUUCCCCUGCGGCGUCAGUUUCACCCAGACCACGCAGAGGAAUCCACAUUAACAUUACACUCAUGCACCUGUGUCAGAUCUUUGCGAAACCGGACAGUGCGAUAAACAGAGUAACGCUGAAUUACUUGUUCUGUUGGAUGUACGGUUGUGUAUAUUCUCACAUCAUGACCUGUGACGAAGAGUUUGGUUUCAGUGAACAUUCCUGUUUUAUUUUGUUUACCAAAGUGCUCCAUUGUGGCGUAUGUUUCAAUAUUAUUUUAAGCAUUUCCAGUGUUUGACAUCUCAUCUAAUACGGACGCUUGCAUUAGACAGACUGUGACAAACUGUUCUGAUGAAAUAAACUCUCAGCUUUUCUAACUAAUUAAUUUCUCUAAUAACAGAUCAGUACACUUGAAAAUGAUUACUUUUAGUACAGUUUUAUAUAUUUAAGAGAGUAUUGGGGUUACUGUGAUGUUAUAUCUGUCAAGCUCCCAAUAAAUAACUGAAGACUGGAAAGUG